CGCGGCUUCACCUGCGGUUCGGAGCGCGCGGAACAGAGGCGCGGGCGGCUGAGAGGCCGGCGGACGCACCGGCCCGGAGGAGCGCGCCGCCGCGGGGCUGGAGGUUCGGGGCCCGUGGAGCGGCGCGAUCGCGGCGGCGGCGAGGAGCGGGCUCCAGGCUCCGGGCUCCGGGAGGGCGGGCGCCGGGGCGCGGCGCGGCGGGGAAGAUGACCGCGGGCUCCGGCGUCCUCCUGGUGCUGCUUUCGCUCUCCGGAGCUCUUCGGGCCCACGGCGGGGACCUUGCGGCCGGGGAGACCUGCAAGGCUGGAUUCUCCGAGGAAGACUACACGGCACUAAUCUCCCAGAAUGUUCUGGAAGGAGAGAAGCUCCUCAAAGUCAAGUUCCGCAGCUGUCCGGGGACGGAGGGGACACAGUAUGAGACCAACAGCGUGGACUUCAAAGUCGGGGCAGACGGCACGGUCUUCGCUGCCCGGGAGCUGUGGAUCCCCUCCCGGGAGGUGGCCUUCACUGUGACCGCAUGGGACCGCCAGACGGCCAAGCAGUGGGACGCCGAGGUGCGGCUGCUGGUGGCCCAGACCUCGUCCGGACACCAGACGCCGCCGAAAGGCAGGAAGCCUCCAGCCCUGGACCCGGCGCAGCCCCCGGGCGACACGCUGCGCCCGUGGCCGCCGCACCCGCGCGCCAGCGGGCUGCGGAGACAGAAGCGGGACUGGGUCAUCCCACCCAUCAACGUGCCGGAGAACUCGCGCGGGCCCUUCCCGCAGCAGCUGGUGCGGAUCCGGUCGGACAAGGACAACGACAUCCCCAUCCGCUACAGCGUCACGGGCGUGGGCGCCGACCAGCCGCCCAUGGAGGUGUUCAGCAUCGACUCCAUGUCCGGCCGCAUGUACGUCACGCGGCCCAUGGACCGCGAGGAGCGGGCCUCCUACCACCUGCGGGCGCACGCGGUGGACAUGAACGGCAACAAGGUGGAGAACCCCAUCGACCUGUACAUCUACGUCAUCGACAUGAAUGACAACCGGCCGGAGUUCCUCAACCAGGUGUACAACGGCUCCGUGGACGAGGGCUCCAAGCCGGGCACCUACGUGAUGACGGUCACGGCCAACGACGCCGACGACGGCGCCACGGCCAACGGCAUGGUGCGGUACCGCAUCCUGACGCAGAGCCCGCAGAGCCCCUCCCAGAACAUGUUCACCGUCAACAGCGAGACCGGGGACAUCGUGACGGUGGCGGCCGGCCUGGACCGGGAGAAAGUUCAGCAGUACACGGUCAUCAUCCAGGCCACCGACAUGGAAGGCAACCUGAACUACGGGCUCUCCAACACGGCCACGGCCAUCAUCGCCGUGGCGGACGUGAACGACAACCCGCCGGAGUUCACCGCAAGCACGUACGCAGGGGAAGUCCCCGAGAACCGGGUGGAGACGGUGGUCGCCAACCUCACGGUGACGGACCGGGACCAGCCGCACUCCCCGAACUGGAACGCUGUGUACCGCAUCAUCAGCGGGGACCCCUCGGGGCACUUCGUCGUCCGCACCGACCCCGUCACCAACGAGGGCCUGGUCACCGUGGUCAAGGCGGUGGACUACGAGCUGAACAGAGCGUUCAUGCUCACUGUGAUGGUGGCCAACCAGGCGCCCCUGGCCAGCGGCAUCCAGAUGUCCUUCCAGUCCACGGCGGGGGUGACCAUCUCGGUCGUGGACGUCAACGAGGCCCCCUACUUCCCCUCCAACCACAAGCUCAUCCGCCUGGAGGAGGGCGUGCCCCCCGGCACGGCGCUCACCACCUUCUCGGCGGUGGACCCCGACCGCUUCGUGCAGCAGGCGGUGAGGUACUCGAAGCUGUCGGACCCCGCGAGCUGGCUGCACAUGAAUGCCACCAACGGGCAGGUCACCACGGCGGCCGUCCUGGACCGCGAGUCCCUGUACAUCAAGAACAACGUCUACGAGGCCACCUUCCUGGCGGCUGACAACGGGGUGCCCCCGGCCAGCGGCACCGGGACCCUGCAGCUCUAUCUCAUCGACAUCAACGACAACGCCCCGGAGCUGGUCCCCAGGGAGGGGCAGGUCUGCGAGAGGCCGCACCUCAACGCCAUCAACAUCACCGCGGCCGACGCCGACGUGGAACCCAACGUCGGCCCCUACGUCUUCGAGCUGCCCUUCGUGCCCGCCGCCGCGCGGAAGAACUGGACCAUCACCCGCCUGAGCGGCGACUACGCCCAGCUCAGCCUGCGCAUCCUGUACCUGGAGGCCGGGGUGUACGACGUCCCCGUCAUCGUCACGGACUCCGGGAACCCCCCGCUGUCCAACACGUCCGUCAUCAAGGUCAAGGUGUGCCCCUGCGACGACAACGGCGACUGCACCGCCACGGGCGCGGUGGCGGCGGCCGGCCUGGGCACGGGGGCCAUCGCGGCCAUCCUCCUCUGCGCCGUGCUGCUGCUGACCAUGGUCCUGCUGUUCGCCGCGUGGGUGAAGCGGCGGGAGCGGGAGCGGCACACGAAGCAGCUGCUCAUCGACCCCGAGGACGACGUGCGGGACAACAUCCUCAAGUACGACGAGGAGGGCGGCGGCGAGGAGGACCAGGACUACGACCUGAGCCAGCUGCAGCAGCCGGAGGCCGUGGAGCACGUGCUGAGCAAGGCAGCCGGCGUGCGCCGGGUGGACGAGCGGCCCGUGGGCGCUGAGCCCCAGUACCCGGUCCGGCCCGCGCUGCCCCACCCGGGGGACAUCGGCGACUUCAUCAGCGAGGGACUCCGGGCGGCGGACAACGACCCCACCGCGCCCCCGUACGACUCCCUGCUGGUCUUCGACUACGAGGGCAGCGGCUCCACGGCGGGCUCCGUCAGCUCCCUGGACUCCUCCAGCUCCGGCGACCAAGACUACAACUUCCUCAACGACUGGGGGCCCCGGUUCAAGAAGCUGGCGGACAUGUACGGAGGCGGCGAGGACUGACCGGCCCCUCCUCCCCGGACCAACGCGGGACCAGCGCUCGGACGGACAGACGGAGGCACCCACGCCGGAGGGGCGGGCCCGGCGGAGGCCGCCGGGGGGGCCCCCGCCCCCCUGCAGGCGGGUCCUUUAGUGGUGUGCGGCCAGGGGUCCCCCCGCCCCGCCCCCCCGCACGGAGCUGUCUGGCCGGAACACUUCUCGCCCCGCCGCCCAUCCCGGUAGCUGACCCAUCACUGAAGGACAGCGAGAGGCACUCUGUCUUAACUUGAACCCCUUAGAACAGAAGCACUGUUGAAACAAACAUGGAAGUGCCUUUGGGUGCACGGGUCGGUUCCCCGCAAACUCAGGAGUGACUGCCGCAGGCAGACCCGCCCCGGGCUCCGCCGCCCCGGCCCCGGCCCCGGCCCAGCUCCACAGGCACCAACCUAGGAAUCAGGAGAAGGUGUCUCUUUCUUUAGUUUUUGCGUUUGGGCCUUUUAUUAAGAGAAAAAGUGGGUGGCUCGCUUGACAAAAUUUGCAAAGGAAAAAUAGUUUGGGGUCCAAAAUCACAACAGCCCUCCGUGUCCCCAAGAUCUGUCACACACGGCCGGGUCUCCGGGGCCCCUCGGGGGCCCCCAAGGCUGGGCGGGGAGCCCGGCCGUGGCGUGUCCCCAGGGUGGCCACGCCCAUGACCAGAGGUCCCAUCCUGUGUAUCUGGCUUUCACUGCGUUUUUGGCCACCCCCCUCCAAGACGCUGAAAUCGCUGGCGUGGGGGACACGUCACCCAGGGGCCGUCUCCGUCCUUGGCUGUCCCCUGGGUCCGCCCAGUCAGCUCUCCGGCCUCCCCAGGGACAGCUGUCAGCCUGAGCACCGCCCACAUCCCCACUGCCCUCGGUCCGGGACUGCGUGGUGUCCCCAGAGGGCACAGCCCAAACCAGCCCGUGUCUGAGCCGGCCUCCCCUCCAGCCUGAACCUGUCACACACCCAGCGGGCGCGUGCCGGUCCAGCCCCCAGACCGCGCGCCCAACGCCCUGGCCGCCCGGGCCAUGCAGACUCCCAGGCCCCGGAAGCCCCUGCCCCUGCCGCUGCUCCCCACCAGGCCGGGGCUCUCCAACACGCGGAACACGUGUGCACGCGACAGCCCGCCGGGAGUGUGCCCCAGAGCCCCGUCUGGCUGUCCGUGUGCCCGCUGCGUGGCUGGGUGGCCCCUGCUGGGGAUGGCAGCCCCCGGACCCGGGUCAGCACUGAGUGGCUGUGGAGGGUUCGGGGCUCAGGGCAUGGAGCCGGACCUGCCCUGUGGGUGCUGGUCAACUCCCCCCAGGGCUGGGGCGGGCAGUUCCAUGGACGGACAGCAACAGGCUGUGUCCCAGGGACCCCUGGGGGGCCACCGGCCGCAAUCGGACCCUGGGAGGGGUGGGCAGCAGGACCCGGGGCGUACAGGAGCCUCCGGCCAGCAGGACGCAGGAGGAGGGCAUCCUCGAGGGGCAGUCCUUGUAUCUGGUCCUCUCGGGGUCCCCAAAGAAGGGGGCAAGUGCCACUGGCCAGGGCUGGACUCGGCAUCCGAGCCCCCUGGAGGAGGGGAGUCCCAGGUGACAAAGGACGAGGAAGUUGGCCUGCCCUGCCCUGGGGUCCCGGGGCCACUCCCCCCACGCCGGGCCUGUCCCUGUUCCACGGUCCGCCUCUUUCCCAAACAGCUCUGGCCUUGAGGUGAACUUGAGCGAGCGUGUGGGUGAGCAAGGCACACAGGUGUCCCGCUGGACGUCAGGGUCCCCCCCAAUCCAAACCCGUCGCCAGCUCCGCCCGCUCUCCCCGAGCCAGGCUGAGGCAGGUUCUGUCCACACUGCCCCGGGGCGCGGCUGCGCGGGCGGGAGCAGGUCGCUGCGUCACCUGCUGCACAUCGGGGCAGCUGCCCAGGGGAGGGGCCCGGCCCCGCAGCCCCCAGCCGUGCUAUGCAAAUUGCAGGGUCCGGUGGAGAGCAGGCCCAGGGCCCCGGGGUGCAGCUGGGGCAUGGCCAGGCCAGAGCUUGCUGGGGGGUCGGGGCAGGGGGGAAGGAGCUGGGCCGUCCCGUCUUCGUUUGUUUGGGGUCAACUGGCCCUCCAGGCGCAGCUCCUGGUGUGAGCUCGGCUCAGGAGCCCGUGGCUGUGGGCCCUCCUCUCGGAAACCCCAAGGCCUCCUGGGCCGCCAGGGGCUCACCUCAGGGACAGCUGUGCCCCCGCUGGCCAGGACGCAGCCGCCCGCCUGCCAGGCCCUUGCCCUCUGACCCCUUCGCUGCCCCUCUGCCGAGUCCCCAGGGAGCAGGGCCUGGAUGUCCGGGUCACGAGCGCCCUCCACUCCUCCCCUCCCCCGCCUCGCGUCACUGCCAGGGGCUGGCUCUUUUGGGCCGAGGCCACGGCAGCCCACUGGGGACACCGACAGGGGCCCUCCGGGCCGCCCCUGCCCCCAGACAGCUGUGCCCGAGCCCCCCCAGCCCGCAGGCCCCGGGGCCAGAGCAGGACGGCACCCACCCCCUCCCAGAUCCUCGCCAGAACCCUGUCCCAAGGCCAACGCGGUGGCACGAGCUAAGCGUACGAUCAGUGUCACACGUCCCCCGUGUAGCUUGUAGACGCGUGUCCCUGGCCAGGCACCCGCCAGCCUGCAGGCCCGGCCCGGGCAGCGGCGCCGCGCCAGGGCGAAGUGCGGCUCCUUCCGGGAGCAGGAUGGCCUUGCGCCGUGGGGCGGCGUGUCAGGAGGCCCCGGCCUCGCCCAGCGACCCCCGCGGCCAGGGGCUCCCCGUCUGCCCAGAAGGUCCCCCCUCGUGUCCUCCAGCACGUCCGGCCCCCAGUGUCAGGGUCACGGCCCGUCAGCGGGCCUGGAGAUGCCUCAGCGUCCCUAGCAGGAGCCUGGCCAGCGCCCGGCCCCUGGAGAGGCCAACUCUGUCCCCUCCCAGGCCCAAGGCUGGGGGAGGGGCGGCCCCAACUGUCGUCAACGCCGACAGCGAGGACACCGCCAGCGGGACACGCUCCCGCAUCGCAGGUGUCGUCGGGGGGACGCGGGCGGGGGCGGCCGGCGGGGCCGAGGACCGGGCGCCCGUGGGUGUCCCUGGGACGCUCUCCACGUUCCCCGUCUCUCCUCCUCACGCGGGUUUGUUCGUUUUUCUUUUCUUUGCAUGUUUCUUUCGGAGACGGACGGCGCGUGCGGCAGCCCGCAUGACUGUGGCUGCCUCGGGAGAGGUUCCGGGUUGGGGGGGGGACGUGUUCCCACCGCGCCCCGCGCCCCGUGUCGUCAGAGAGACGUUCGACUUCUUUUGUAAACGUCCACAGCACAACUAUUUUGUAUCGUCGUUUGUAUCAUUUUGUACCAAAAAAAAAAGGAAAGAAAAAACAAAAAGAAGGCAAGCGCGUCGAUGUUCUCCAUGUGUUCUCAGUGCCCGGCGGCCGGUCUCGGGGCCGAGGGGGGCGCGGCCCGGCCCGCAGCUGAGCAGCAAAUAAAGUCCCUUUGAAGCA